AUUCCAUAGAUUGACUUCCUCCAGAAAUGUGAAUGUGUGGUAUGGAAGAACCUGCUCUCACUGGCUGCCCCUGGGCUCUGAUUGUUAAAGAGGCUGGGCAUGUGGCUUCUGAACCUUUGGGCUAUGGUCAGAAGCACCUUGCUUGGGCAGUUGCACUGACACCUCUGGGCUGGCCCUGCUGAGAGGGAGAAAGGGAGUCACAAGUACCACUCCAGGAGGAACUUCCCUGCUGGGGAUGACCUGAAAGAGGCCCACUGAACCCUGAACCCGUAUUCCCAGGCUGCCGCUCUGGUCUGUAUGGAUGCAUUUAUUCCACAAAUAUGUCGGGGCUCGGUGGAGAGUGCAUAGAGUCCUGAAUUGGCGACCCCAAAGAAGUUGCGCAGAUGUGAGCUCCUUCUCCUGUGCUGAAAUGUUGCCAGCCAUGAAGAGUUUCCUCAACCACAGACCCCCACGGGCGCACAGAAUGUGGGACUCUGCCCAGCGCGGGGUGGGCUGGGGAGCUCAGGGGCUGUCCGGGCUGGAGAAGUCUCAUCACCACCUAUCCCAGGCAUCGCAGACUCUGGAUCUUCGAUAAAGGGUCCUUCCCGUAAUCUCCAUUUGCUCGCUGCUCUGCAAUCUGUCUUUAGCCUGCAAUCCCUCAGUCGCUCGCCCUGCGCAGCAUCCGAGGGACCUCGCUGGGGGCCGUAACCGGGACAAAUGUCUCAUUCGCCACUCAUCACGACUGUGCAAUCAGCUUUCAGCCGCAGACACCCACGUCCUGCAACACCCGAGGUGCGCUGCCUGGUAACCAGCUGACGCCCGAAGCACAGACCCAUUGCUUCGGACCGCUACCCACUGGACACGGUGCCGGAGCGCCAGGAAGGGGGUCGGGCGGCCUUUCGGGCACGCAUUCCAGGUCCUCUCUGCUCUUUGAGCCUACCCUCUAUCCCGUCAGGCCUAUCGCAAAAGGCGCCCCCAACUGUAGAGCACCACGUGUUGUGCUUCUACCCAGUUCCGUGGCGAGCCAGGCCCCAGUAUGCGCAUCUGGAAAGCGGGGGACAUUUCCCUAGUGCUUGGGUGGGGAUGGCGUGGCCUAACUUGAUGUGAGACGGCGCCCACGGAGCCAUGGCCCGUUCUAGGGACUUUGGCAGGCACCUCUCUACCCAGUGAGAUCAGUCGUCCUUUAAAUACCUUGCAGCAAUUGGGGGUGGUGGGUGAGUGAAAAAAAAUUUUAAAAAAGCCCAAUGGAUCACGUUUGGAGUGAGAUGGAAUGAUGACUUUCGAGUUCCAGGGUGCCUGGUGGCCAGAUGUUGGUGUAGCUUGAGCCUGGCCUCACUUUCCGCAUCUGUAAACUAGGAAGAAGGCUCAAGUCCAGGAGCCUGGGAGUGUAGAGACACAGAAAGCACAGGUGCACCGGCGGCUGGUCCUGCCGGAGUCCAGCUUCCCGGAGAAAUGGGGCGUUGUGAGGCUAACCCAUCCCUGCGAUGGCGAGACCCGGGUGUGCAACUCCGGCGGGAGGGUGAGCUCUCGGAGUCGCACAAGGGCGGGGCCCGGGAGGUCUGGAGACGCCCGUUCGGUGUCGACCAACCAGCGCCUACCUCUGAACGGCCAAUGAGCACGCGCCUUACAGCCAAGGCCGGGUCGGGAGUGAGGCUGCGGCGAGUGCAGCGCUGACAGAGACCCGCGCGCGCGAUCGAGCUCGGACCCCUGGCCCUUGCCGCCAUCACCUCAGCCAACCCAUUAAGCCGCUCAGCCGCAUCCCUUUACCAUGGAGGCGAGGCCGCCGCCGCCGCCGCGGGGCUUUGGGCCGCGGGCCGGGCGGCGGCCCUAAGGGCGAGUGGCGGGCCGAGACGCUGCCGCGGAACCGAGGCGGAGCCGCUGUCCUGGUUCCCAGCGGUCCCGCCCAACGCCGGACUCAGUGACAAACCUAAAAAAAGAUAUUUAUGGAAUUCCAAUGAGUGGUGAUGGAUGAUGCAGUUCAAAUAACUAAGAUGGAUAUUUGGUUGCUGUUACCCCUUGGCUAUUGUGAAUAAUACUGUUGUGAACAUUGAUGUACAAACAUCUGUUUGAGUCCUUGCUUUGGAUAUAUUCCCGGAAGUAGAAUUACUAGAUUAUACGGUUGAACAUCUCUAAUCUGAAAAUCCAAAAUCUGAACUGCUCCAAAAUUCAGAACUUUUUGAGAACGGACGUGAUGCUCAAAGGUUUCAGAUUUUAGGAUUAGGGGUGCUCAGCUGGUAAGCAUGGAUUCCUGGUUUAUUCUUGUUCUGCUUAGCAGUGGUCUGAUACAAGUCAGCGCCAACAAUGCUACCACAGUUGCACCUUCUGUAGGAAUUACAAAAUCAAUUAAAGCAUCAACAAUAGAAUCAGUUAAAGAAGAAACCAAAACUUCAACUCCAACUUCUUCAGUAACUUCUCUUUCUAUGACACCAACAUUCAGCCCAAAUCUGACUCUGGGACCCACCUAUGUAACCACUGUGAAUUCUUCAGACUCUGACAAUGGGACAAUGACGAGAACAGCAAACACUAAUUCUAUAGGCACUACAAUUUCACUAAAUGGAACAUGGCUUCCAGAUAACCAGUUCACAGAUGCCAGAACAGAACCCUGGGAGAGGAAUUCCAGCACUAUAGCAACCACUCCAGAAACCUUCCCUCCUUCAGGUAAUUCUGACUCAAAGGACAGAAGAGAUGAGACGCCAAUUAUUGCAGUGAUGGUGGCCCUGUCUUCUCUGCUAGUGAUUGUGUUUAUUAUCAUAGUUCUGUACAUGUUAAGGUUUAAGAAAUACAAACAAGCUGGGAGCCAUUCCAAUUCUUUCCGCUUAUCCAAUGGCCGCACUGAGGAUGUGGAGCCCCAAAGUGUGCCACUUCUGGCCAGGUCCCCAAGCACCAACAGGAAGUACCCACCCCUGCCUGUAGACAAGCUGGAAGAGGAGAUUAACCGGAGAAUGGCUGAUGACAAUAAGCUCUUCAGAGAGGAAUUUAAUGCUCUCCCUGCUUGUCCUAUCCAGGCCACCUGUGAGGCUGCCUCCAAGGAGGAAAAUAAGGAAAAAAAUCGAUAUGUUAACAUCUUGCCUUAUGACCAUUCUAGAGUCCACCUGACACCAGUUGAAGGAGUUCCAGAUUCUGAUUACAUCAAUGCUUCAUUCAUCAAUGGCUACCAAGAAAAGAACAAAUUUAUUGCUGCACAAGGACCAAAAGAAGAAACAGUGAAUGAUUUCUGGAGGAUGAUCUGGGAGCAAAAUACAGCCACCAUUGUCAUGGUGACCAACCUAAAGGAAAGAAAGGAGUGUAAAUGCGCCCAGUACUGGCCAGACCAAGGCUGCUGGACUUACGGCAAUAUCCGUGUUUCCGUAGAGGAUGUGACUGUCCUGGUGGACUACACAGUUCGGAAGUUCUGUAUUCAGCAGGUCGGCGAUGUGACCAACAGAAAGCCACAACGCCUCAUCACUCAGUUCCACUUUACCAGCUGGCCAGACUUUGGGGUGCCUUUCACCCCCAUCGGCAUGCUCAAGUUCCUCAAGAAGGUGAAGGCCUGCAACCCUCAGUAUGCAGGGGCCAUCGUGGUCCACUGCAGUGCGGGUGUAGGGCGUACAGGUACCUUUGUCGUCAUUGAUGCCAUGCUGGACAUGAUGCACACAGAGCGGAAGGUGGACGUAUAUGGCUUUGUGAGCCGGAUCCGGGCACAGCGCUGUCAGAUGGUGCAAACAGACAUGCAGUAUGUCUUCAUAUACCAAGCCCUUCUGGAACAUUAUCUCUAUGGGGAUACAGAACUGGAAGUAACCUCUCUAGAAACCCACCUGCAGAAAAUUUACAACAAAAUCCCAGGGACCAGCAAUAAUGGAUUAGAGGAGGAGUUUAAGAAGUUAACAUCAAUCAAAAUCCAAAAUGACAAGAUGCGGACUGGAAACCUCCCAGCCAACAUGAAGAAGAACCGGGUUUUACAGAUCAUUCCAUAUGAAUUCAACAGAGUGAUCAUUCCAGUUAAAAGGGGUGAAGAGAACACAGACUAUGUGAAUGCGUCCUUCAUUGAUGGCUACCGCCAGAAGGAUUCCUACAUCGCCAGCCAGGGCCCUCUUCUCCACACAAUUGAGGACUUCUGGCGAAUGAUCUGGGAGUGGAAAUCCUGCUCUAUCGUGAUGCUGACAGAAUUAGAGGAGAGAGGCCAGGAGAAGUGUGCUCAGUACUGGCCAUCUGAUGGACUGGUGUCCUAUGGAGACAUCAAUGUAGAGCUGAAGAAAGAAGAGGAAUGUGAGAGCUACACCGUCCGAGACCUCCUGGUUACCAACACCAGGGAGAACAAGAGCCGGCAGAUCCGGCAAUUCCAUUUCCAUGGUUGGCCUGAAGUGGGCAUCCCCAGCGACGGAAAGGGCAUGAUCAGCAUCAUUGCGGCCGUGCAGAAGCAGCAGCAGCAGUCAGGGAACCACCCCAUCACUGUGCACUGCAGCGCUGGGGCAGGAAGGACAGGGACCUUCUGUGCCCUAAGCACCGUCCUGGAGCGUGUGAAAGCAGAGGGGAUUUUGGAUGUCUUCCAGACUGUUAAAAGCCUGAGGCUGCAGAGGCCACACAUGGUCCAGACACUGGAGCAGUAUGAGUUCUGCUACAAGGUGGUUCAGGAAUAUAUCGAUGCAUUCUCAGAUUAUGCCAACUUCAAAUGAAAGGUGACAGGGCCCAUGGACCAGGAGGAUUGCCUUUAAUAUUUUGUAAUAUUCUGUUUUGUUAAUAUACCCCAAAUUGUGUAUAUAUCUUAUAACUGUUUUAGAGAUUGGUACAUAGGCUUCUAUUACCUAUUAGGUGGAGAUUUUAUAUGUAAAUGUGUUAGCACUGAUAGUCCUUUUUCCAAUGUUUUAUUGGGGAAUUAAAUAGUGUGAUGUUUGGACUGAUAUCGUGAAAUUAUCAGCCUAGAAAUUGGGCUGGAUUGUUCUUUGGUUAAUACAUCUUUUCCUAAAGAAGAUACACACAAAAUCGAUUGCAUUUAGUUCAGCACCAACGAAGGAAAAAGCACAAAGUUCUCAGAGCUCUUGAGGAAUGUGUUUGUCCCUAUACCACCAUGCACUAUAAAUAUCCCCCCCUCCACCCCAUCCCACCCCUUCCCCACCACCACCAUCAUGGGGAGUGACAGGACCAGAGCGGUAUCUCUGGCACCACACUAGGGACUAUCAGGUAAUAAAAGCUUUGACUCCC